GAUGAAAAUAUUAAUGCCACCUUCCACCCGAUACUACUACUUUACAUGAACUCCUUCCACUUAUAACCCAAACCAUCACUAUCCAACUACUUCAAUUCUUCAAUUCUUCAUCCCUUCUCUCCUUAUCACCAACACAUGACUACUAUCUCACAAUGUACCUCCAUCUCAACCCACACCCCUUUUCCAUCCUCCCCUCUCAUCCCGCCCUUCUUGACGAACUAACAAACAACACUUCCUCAACACCAUCAACCCCAUCUCGUCCCCAACUCCGCUCCUUCCUCCACGCCUGCCUCACCGAAUCCCAAGUCCUUCUCUCCUCCGUCCCCACCACAUUCCGCCGCCACCGCAAACCCCGCGGCGCACCGCCAUCCACCGCCGCCGUCCACCUCUACACGCGCACCGACAAUGGAUCCGGAGACUACUGGGUAUGUCGACAAAGCACGCACCAAGACGCAGCAGUGACGGGGUCCGCCUCAUGGGACGAAUUCCGCUCCGGACUACGAGAAAACCACUCCGAAAAUGAAAUGGAUUAUACGCCGAGUGUGACGUCCGUGGUGAAGUUGCUGGAGUGGCCGUCUGAGGUUGAUGUAGAAGGUGGUUGGGAGAAGGUGGAUGCUCAUGUGAACCUAAUCACGCAUACCUUCCAACCCACAGUUCUAAUUGCGCCUCGCUCGUUCCUGGUCUUAGUGAUCUCGGCAGACCGAGCAGCAGCAGCUGGGGAGCAGCAAGGGUUUGUGACAGUUCAGAUCCCACUUGCUGUUGAGUCGAGUCCCGACGCUAUCCGGGAGAAGAUCAUGGCGGCAGUGCCCCGGAAUACGAUCUUCGCGUCCUAUGCAAGUGUGGAGGGGGUCGUUGCGACGGCGGACGGGCUGCAAUGGACCAUGGCGACUACUUCCGAUGCUGGCGGGGCGAUUCCUCAGUGGAUCCAGCGGAGCUGGACCAUGGGCGGAGUCCCUAAGGCUGUUGUCGCUGAUGUGGGCUUGUUUCUGGCCUGGACGGCCCGCCGGAGAUCAUAGGCGACUCUUAAGACAGUGUGGAGGUAAUUAUGGGUACAAUGGUGCAGAAGAAGAAGUACUACAGAUGGAUUGCACUUCGAGACCGCUUCAUGUGUCACGGUCUCGAGAUUGUACUGGUGCGAAGUUGUAGAUUACGAUUCCAUCACUUCUCGUUAUUGAAUAAACAAUUGAAUUAAUCAAGCCAGUCGCUCACGCAUAGUGGUCUCCUGAGCUAAUAAAUCGAAUUUUUGGCCUCCAGACUCCCGGCUCAUCUCUCACGGCAAUGGGAUGCUGAUACAUACAAGGCAUGCGGCUAUGAGACGCCCAAUAAAACAACGUGAUAUAAAAAGACAAGAGUUGCUGUCAUCCAGCUAAAGUAGAGAAGAUUUGCGAAUGACCCUGUGAAUCAGGAACCUCCAACAUGUCCUGCCAAUACUCAGAGACUGGC